UUAGGAUGGUUUGUUUUGUCGCAGUGAUAGUGUGAUAAAGUAAUGUUUUGAUGUCUCUCGCCAGAAAAGAGUAUUUUUGAUACCUCAACCGAAACAAAGGCACAGUUCCAUAAUGUUUGGGCGGAAGGAUGAGAAGCCUAAGAAGAGGCGAACUCCACGGGAAAAUCUAUCUCAAUUUGGCUUUAUGGAUAUGAACUUCGAUGGUUCAACGGGUAUGGGCCAAGUUGAUAAUGAUGAAGAUGAUGAUGAUCUGGAAGCGGAGCUGCUUGCACUGACAUCAGAUUCGUCAUCAAAACCAAAGAAAGCCCGUCCAAAGCUAAUCCCUCAGGCUGAUUUGGAUAGAAUGAUACAAGAAAGUGUAAAAGAUGAAGAUGAUGAAGAUGAAGAUUCUGUAGAUGAAAACGACCCAGAUCUCUUGGGGGAGCUUAAUGACUUGACUACAGAAAACAAUGAGGAUGAAGAACCCCAGUCACCUGCUGUCUCCCCAACUCCAGAAACUCCCAAAGCAGGAUCCAAUGCAUUAUUGCCUUUGCUUGAAGAGAGACUUAAGAUGUAUCAAACAGCAGAGGCAAAUGCAAAAAAAUCUGGAGAAACUUCGAGGGCCAGAAGGUUUGGACGGGGUGCUAAGACACUUGUAGACCAAAUAAAAUCUGCUCAGAAUGGUAGACCUAUAAAGGAGGAAGAUAUUCCUCCUCCUGUUUCAGUGCGCUCUGGUGAUAAUGCUACUUCUGCAGCAACUUCUGGAACUCCAGAAGCAACAGCAGCAGCUGCACCAGUGCGACCUGCACCACCCCCUCCUCAGGAAUUGACAGUCACUGAGGAAUCUCAGGGCACAGAAGCAAUGGAAACGGACAACACUCCCAAAACACUUGAUGACAACACAAUUCCUGUUGAACCGUCACCUCCUGAGCAGGUUGCGCCAGUGACUGAGGAGAACACAAAACCAUUUGUUGAUCCUCAAAUAGUUUUGAAAUUAGAAGAGAGACGGUCGGAAUAUCGUCAAGCUGCUGUUGCCUCAAAACGGGCAGGAAACAAGCAAGAUGCUUUAAGAUAUGCUCAGAUUGUCAAGCAAUUUGAUGUAGUAAUUGAAGGUGUGAAGGCAGGAGAGCCAGCAGACCUCAGUGAAAUGCCACCCUCACCUGGGCAAAUUCAGGUACAAGCUACUGCCUCCGCAGUACCUGAACCAGCUCGAGAACAAGAUGAUCAUCAGACUUCAUCUCUUCCAGCACCUCCUCAACCACCCCACGCAGUUGAAGCACCAUCAGUACCUAAAACAAUAUUGGAAGCCCUCACCCAAAGAUUAGAGCUUUAUCAAAAGCAAGAAGCUGCUGCCAAGGCUGAUGGCAAUUCUAGGAAAGAACGUCAGAAUGGAAGAAUAGUGAAACAAUACCAGGACGCUAUAAAGAGGCACAAAGCUGGCAAACCAUUUGCAGCAGAUGAAUUACCAAACCCACCAGGUUUUGCCCCUAUCCCUAUUCCUGGUGAUGCCCCCCCUGUACCGCCCUCUGUGCUAGCCCCGGUGUCGACUCCUACCCCUGCACCACCAGCUUCCAUAGAUGUAACUGUAGCACGACCUGCUCCAGCAAGGCCUAGCACUCCACCACCUGAAUCAGAAGGACAGUCACCACCCAGUCCUGUUGCCUCGGGGUCUACUCCUAAGCCAAAUGUUCGCAAAUCACCAGCUUCACGGCAAGAGAAGCAGCUAGCUCUCCUCCUAGCAAGACAGAAGGAUUUUAGAGUUGCUGCUCUCCAAGCAAAAUCUAGAGGUGAAAUCAAUCAAGCAAAAGAGUACUUACGACUUGCUAAAGGUUUUGACAAACUCUUGGAAGCUACACAAAGUGGUCUACCAGUUGAUCUAAAGACUCUCCCUGUGCCUCCAAAUGCAAAGGUGGAGUUAGAAUCAGAUUUUGAUGUUAUUGCAGCUGAAGAUUGUGUUGCUGGCACAGAUGAUGAAAUUUAUGAAAAAUUGGUGCAGGACCUUCAGAAACAAGUGCAGACAUGCAUAACAACUCGAGAUCAUUUCAAAGCUAUUGGAGAUAUUGCUAGUGCUAAUCGUUUUGAGAACAUGGCAGUUCACUCAAAGAAAGACAUGGUUGCAAUAAAACAUGCCUUUAAGAGAAAAGAUUCUGUUCCAAGAUUUCACUACGAGAAUCGAAGUUUUAGUAUUGUGCAGUGCUGCACUGAUUUGAUGGAUAAUGACUUAGAACUCACUAUUGUGCAGGGAAUAAAUUACAAUGUUUCUAACCCAAAAGAUGUUGAUACCUAUGUUCGUUUUGAACUUCCAUGGCCUAGUGCAGAAGAACCACAAAAAGAUAGAACAAAUCUAAUAAAAGAUACCAACAACCCGGUGUAUGAUGGGAAAUUUAACUUACAAAUUCAGCGCAACUCUCGAGCUUGUCAGAGGAUAUUCAAGAGGCAUGCAAUCAAAUGUGAAGUGUGGUCUAGAGGGGCAUUCCUGAUAUCUCUCUGUUGUGGGGCACCAAAUUCAGAGCCUAGUGGAUUUUUCCGAAGUGAUACCCUCUUAGGGACCGUCAACGUAAAACUUCAGUCUCUGGAGAGCAAAUGCAUCAUUCAUGACUCAUUUGAUCUUAUGGAUGGGCGGAAGGCUGUUGGUGGCAAGUUGGAGGUGAAAGUGCGUCUUCGUAAUCCAAUAGUGACCAAACAAGUUGAGGAGGUCACUGAAAAAUGGCUAGUUAUUGAUAGCCUGUGAUUAAGUGCUGCUUAAGCAGGUAUUUUUUGACAAUAUCUGAGAGCUGGAAGCUUUGAAAAGUUAAGCGCAUUUGUUGUUUUCUGUUUAUACAAAUUAUUUUUCAACUUUUUAUUAGUUUUAUUAGGAAUAUUACAAUGUUUAUGAGCCAUAUAUGUCUUGGCUGAUGAUGAUAUUGCCUCAAUUUAUUUGAACAUUUUUUUUUCUAAGUAGAAUUAUUUUUCAAAGUUGUAAUAGGAUUCUGAAUUGAGUUUACUCAGUUUACUGAAACCAAACGUGAUUUUAUAAUUUUGCACAACUACAUUUGGAGACAUGCAAUUUUGUCUAGCUUUAGCAAGUCACAAGAGCAUUUAUGAUGUUUACAGCAGGUACUCUGAACAGUCAUGCCUUUUAAUAAUUUAGCUUUCAUUUCAACAGUGAUGUUAUACUACAGAACUUGCAAUUGUAAACUUAGAUUACACAUGUGACGUGUUCCUGCAGGAAUCACGUUGCAAUCAAACCAUUUUAACAGUGCUUUACUUUAAACAAUGUUAUC